AUGGAACAACAAACUUCAUUUGGAAGCAACGUUAAUCAAUCAUGUGAUAAUGAUGAUAAUAGUAACGUUAAUGCCAAUAAAAAAAAAUGUCAACUAUGCGGAGCUAUCAAUGAUCUAAGAUGGAAUGUCUACACAACAAUUAACCCAAAACAACAACAACCAAAUAUUUUAGCAGACAGGAUUAAAGAAUUAUUAUUCUCGAAAACUGCUGAUGACGGCAUAAGUGAUGGGAAUUGCCCGAUAGCUUUAAAAGAAUCGAUUAUUAAAAUGUUAACGGACAUUAAACCACAGGACAAAUUUCUAUGGCUAAGUUCUAAAUACAAACAAAACAUCUAUCCACCAAUAAAUAUUAACGAAACUGGCGGAAUUGUGCCGAAAAUAGUUAAUUCGCAAAGCAUAGCUACACAUAAUCCGAAAUACAAUUUCAGUUCGCCAUUAAAGAUAGAAACUGAUGGAUAUGAAGGAAUACCAUUACAACAGAAUCCAGACCUUAGUGAUUGCUCUUUUAUAACAUCUCUUAUUAAUCUUAAAAAUUAUUAUAAAGAUAAAUAUAAUCCCCCAGUUUGUCAAGUAAGAAACUGUCAAUUCAAAUACCUAAUAAACUUUUAUUUUAACGGAUCAGAUUCUCGAUUGGUUUGUAUUGAUACCACUCAAAUACCUACGGAUAGGAGUGGUGAACAAUUGACAUUAAACUCUUCAAAUUUUAACCAUAAAAUUUUAGAAAUAGCGUAUUUGAAACUCAAAUAUAACUCCUUUGAUAGCACAGGUUCAAAUACGGGGAUCGAUACCUUUCUACUAUCCGGGUUUAUACCAGAAUUUAGAAAAAUCAACACGGUUAAAUGGGAUUUGGUGGAAAAAUACUUUAAUAGUAAGUGUUGCACCCUUGCAUUGGGUAUUUCUGAAAAUAAUUUUAGUUUCCAAAAUAAAACUUGGAACUUAAAGGCCAAUCAUGAUUAUUCAAUAGUAAAUGUUGAAUCGAGAAAUAAAAAGUUAGACAUUGUGGAUCCAUUGUAUCCUGAUAAAAUUAUAAGCAUUAGUGAAUGGCAAGAUGUCGUGGAUAUUUUUGACACUUUAUAUGUUAAUUGGGAUUAUAAAAAACUUUUCCGUAGACAUGAGAAAUUCCAUUUCAGAUACAACGUACAAGAUUGUAAUAGAUAUCGAUACGAUCGUUCCUCCAAACCUUGUUUUACUAUUAGAAACAAAGUCACCGAAAGACAACUGGCCCCAAAGAAACAAGAAAACACAGUAUAUCUACUUUUAGAACGUCAUUUAAAUGACAACCCAGGAAAUUGCACACUAGAGCUCUUUGAUAGUAUAACAUCUGAAAUACUAAAUAUCAAAGAAAUUAAUAAUACAGGGUUUUAUUUAAUUAAAACGGGAAUAAUUGACGACAAUUUGUUAAAGGCCUGUUGUUAUUCCGAUAUAACCGCUUCUUUUACUGUGCAUGCAUAUUCACUACUGGAUAUUGAAAUAAAAAAAUUUAUUUUUCCAAAUAUAGUUACUAUAGAAGAUAUAUUUUUGAUUAAUGCACCAUUAAAUACCUCGACUUACUGUAAAAAUACAACUUUUAAGUUGAAUAUUAAAAAAUCAUCAACUGAAACGGAAAAUGGCAAUGUUACUAUAAACAUAAGUUUAUUUUCCGAAAAUGUUAAAACUGAAAAGUACGUGAAUCUACAAAUUUUUCACAUCAACGAUUUUGAGUUUUCUAAACCAUUAAUACCGAAACAUGAUUACCUAUUAAAUGUUUCCACUGUAUCAAAUCUAUUAUUAAACGUUAACAGUACCUAUAAAAUAGUUUGCAGUUCAUUAGAUUCGCAAAUUGGAGAGAAAUUUAAAUUGAUAGUGGAAGAAAGCAGCAAUUUGGCUGCUGCAAUGACUUUGUCAAAAUAUUAUAACUACCAUGGUGGUAUAUUUAAAACAACAAUAAAGUGUACAUCAAAUUUUGCCAUUUGCCAAAAAAAUAAUAAAGGUUAUUCCUUUGAAGUGAAACUUACAUCAAAAAUGAAUACUAUGCCUGACACUUGGAAUUUAAGAUUAUAUAAGGAAAAAAUGCAUCAAGGUGGUAUCGAAAAUAUGGAUAAUGUUGGUUGUGAUAUUAAGUGGUCAUUUACUGUAAUCAAUUCGAAAAAUCAGAAAGAUUCUUUAUUAUUCCCAAAUGGCAUGGUAAGGUUAAAUAGAUGUACUGCCAGUAACAUUGUUAUUAACCAUAGACGUAAACAAAUCGACAAUAUUACCGUAAAGCUGAAUAUAGAAGAUGAUAUAAACACUUAUAAAGAUUAUUAUUAUAUCAUGGAGAUAGGAUCAUUAUAUGAGCUCAGAGUUUUGCAAUGUGAAAUAAGUUAA